CUUUGGCCGUAGAUCAAUGUAGCACCCCCAACAAUCUGUCUCUCAAGAUGAGUGCUCUUCUCAGUAUUUGCUCGAGAAAACACUCACACCAAAAUGUCUAUCGUAUCGCUUGCAGAGGGUAGCUUGCCCACGGUCACCAAAGAGGAACUGCAUACCGCUGCGAAGGCUAGAGGCUUUUCGAUUCCUGUCGGAAGUCAGGAUGAGACGGACUUCUUGCUGCUGCAAAACAGUUUUGAUGCUGUCGCAUCGGCUGUAGCGGCUCUCCCAGAGUAUAUCGAUCCUAGACUCGAGCCAACGGCCGUGGAAGGAGGAGAGCGCAAAUGGUCCAGACCGUCUUCAGAAGAGAAUCCCUUGAAUGCUUGGUCGCACAAGACAAACCUCAAGGCAUCUUCUCCGACGAGCAAGGCACUUGCUGGCAAGACUCUCGCCAUGAAGGACAAUGUCAGUGUUGCAGGAGCACCAUUACGUCUCGGCACGGCUCCGGAGCUGUUCAAAGGUGGAAAGCAUGCUAUCAGUGAAAUCGAUGCAAUCGUGGUUAAGCGGAUUCUCGAGGCUUCAGGCACCAUCACUGGAACAGCAGUGUGCGAAAACUUCAGCUUGUUCCCUACUUCCGUCUCAUCAGAAACUGGUCCUGUACACAACGCAUGGGCAGCAGGUUACAUGACUGGAGGCAGCAGUUCCGGCUGUGCUUCAUUAGUCUCGGCCAAGGAUGUCAAAGAGUGGAGUGAGAAGAAGGGGCUAUCUUUCGAAACCAGCGCACUUAGUGAGGAAGGUGUCGACAUGGCGAUCGGCGGAGACCAGGGAGGUUCAAUUCGUGCACCAGCAUCUUUCGGUGGUUUCUAUGGAUUGAAGCCUACAACAGGACUGGUUCCCUACACUGGCAUAGUGUCUAUCCUUCCGAUGAUCGAUUCUACGGGACCCAUGGCGAGAUCGAUUGAGGACAUCGCACUGUUACUCGGCGUCAUCGCAGGCUAUGACGGUAUCGAUCCGCGUCAAACCCCCGAAACGCCUCUGCGUCAAGCUGUACCAGAUUACACCGGACUCCUUGCAGAGUGGCAGGCAGCGAAGAAGGAAGCCGGCGAGUGGACUGCAUCAGCAGCGGCAAAAGGCCUCCGGAUCGGCAUCCUCAAAGAAGCAUGGGAGAUCGCCGGCUUGAACACCGACGUGGCCGCGAUCGUCAGGGCCGCAGCGGAGAGAUUUGGUAAGCUCGGGGCGGAGGUCCACGAGGUCUCGGUGCCACUGCAUCUGCUUGGUCCAUCGAUUUGGACCGUUGCAGGUCGUGAGGCUAUUCCCCGAUUCUUCGAGAACAGGGCUUCUGAUCUUCUCAGCCAUCCUUUGCCAGGGCUCGAGCCGAACCCGACUGAUCAGACGUUCUAUGACAAGUUGGUCUACAAGAACCCGGCUGUCAUCAAUGUCGUGCUCAACGCCGAGCACAUGGAAACCAAAUUUGGACCUUCGCUUACACGCAAGGCUCAUAUGCUCGUCCAUCAGCUGCGCGCUGAGUAUGACAAGGUGUUCGAGAAGAUUGAUAUUCUGAUUACUCCGACGACUCCCACUGUUGCAGGAAAGCACUGCAAUUACACUAGUGUAAUGGAGAUUGCACAAAAGGCUGUGGGUGUGACUCUGAAUACUUCACCCUUCAACUGCUCAGGACAUCCCGGAAUGAGUAUGCCAUGUGGUUGGUCAGAGACGAGUGACGGAGCAGGCAAGCUUCCGGUUGGUAUGCAGCUCGUUGCCAAGAGGUGGCAUGAGAUGGACAUACUGAAAGCAGCUUCUGCAUGGGAAGUGCUCGGCAAGGGGUUAGAUGCAUGAAUCAAGCUUGAAGGGGAGACGAAUUGAAAUGAAAUUAGAUAGUAAAUUCAUGAUAUAUAACGCCCGGGUGCUAGUUGCUGUAAUGAUAACAAUCUUCAGUCCCCAUGCUUCGC